AUGCGAGGCUCAAUCAUCUUUUCGGCGAUUCUGCUGGGCUUGUCAUCUGCAAAGCCUACCCUGAGUCGCCGUUAUGUGGUCAAGGAGAGCCAUGCUGUUCCCUCGGAGUUCUCUCGUGUUGGAGACGCACCAGGCCAUCAUAUGAUGCGUCUGCAAGUUGCCGUAAAGCAAGGUCAAUUCGAGGUAUUGGAGGAGCAUCUGUGGGAAAUCUCUGAUCCUGAUAAUGCUCGCUACGGUAAACACCUGAGCCUUGCUGAAGUCAACGAGCUGGUCAAGCCGACGGAUGAGUCGACCGAUCUUGUUCGCGAAUGGCUGCACGAACAUGUUUCACCGGAACACAUUGAGGCCAGUCCAGCUGGCGACUUCUUGUCUUUCACGCUGUCAAUUGCCCAAAUUGAAGAGAUGCUCCAGACCAACUACUCCGUCUAUCAGCACGAGGAUGGUUCGAAAUUGGUGAGAACACCCGAGUGGAGCCUCCCGCUGCAUUUGCACGAGCAUAUCUCGGCUGUACAGCCGACUACGGCUUUCAUCCGCACUGUGCCGCAGGCAAAGACAUACUUGUCUGUCCCUGGAAAAGCAGAAGUUCCCACAGUACAGGCAUCGUAUGGCGACAAGCCCACCGUAGAGAAAGUGUGCGAUACGGCCGGUGUGACACCACUUUGUCUGAGAACUCUCUACGGCACAGUAGACUACAAGCCUAAAGCAGCUGGCCGCAACCAAAUCGGACUGGCGAACUACCUCGGCGAACUGAACAACCGUUCAGAUGCCGCCAUCUACCUGAAGAACUACCGCCCCGAAGCUAUCUCCGGCGCCUACACCUUCAAGCAGAUCUCUAUUGCCAAUGGAACCAUACAGCAAACACCCAAUACACCCGAGCAGCUUGCAGCCCGCACCGGUGUCGAAGGCGCUCUCGAUGUUCAGACCAUCCUAGGCGUGUCAUGGCCGACUCCACUCCUCGCAUGGUCCACCGGCGGCAACCCGCCUCCCUUCACCCCUGACGCAGAUAAUCCAGAAGUGGACAACGAACCGUACCUCACGUGGGUGAACUACGUCCUGCGCCAGCCCUUCGUGCCCCAAGUCAUCUCCAACUCCUACGAAGACAACGAACAAACAGUUCCAUUCUCCUACGCUAAAGUCGUCUGUUCACAAUUUGCGCAACUCAGCGCUCGUGGCGUUUCCAUCCUUUUCGGCAGCGGCGACGGCGGUGUAGGCGGUGUUCAGCCUGGAGGAUCCUGCAAGUCCAACGUCGACAACAGCACUCGCUUCAUCCCUCUCUUCCCAUCAAGCUGUCCGUACGUAACUUCGAUCGGAGCAACCGUAGGCUUCAACCCGGAAGUCGCGGCCUACGAUCCGAGGAACCAAUUCUCCACUGGCGGCGGCUUCUCGAAUUACUUUCCCCAGCCAGCGUGGCAGUCCAAAGCCGUGGCUUCCUACCUGCACACCCUCGGCGAUGAGUUUUCGGGCUUGUACAACAAGAGUGGGAGAGCGUACCCUGAUUUGUCCGUGUAUGGCGUUAACUAUACCAUCAUCUGGAACGGGACUUUGAGACGCGUGGAUGGUACAAGUGCCGCGACGCCUACGGCUGCGGGAAUCUUUGCGCUGCUGAACGAUGCGCUCAUUGCGCGAGGGAAGCCUAGCUUGGGAUUCUUGAACCCGUGGUUGUACAAGAAAGGCAAGGCUGCAUUUGUGGAUGUUACUAGUGGAAGUGCGCUUGGAUGUAACAUGACGGGAUUUUCUGCUGCUGAAGGCUGGGAUCCAGUGACCGGAUUUGGGACUCCGCGGUUCGAUAAGUUAUUGAAGGCUGUGGGGCUGUGA